CUUGUCUCUCUAAUAGCAGGGAAAAAAAAUCAGAUAUCUGGGAAAAACUGAACUCCAGGUAGAAGCAAAAGAAAUUAAACCCUGCAUAAGGAUUGCGAGUAGCCCCGGAGAUAUGUGUCCUGCACUCUGUGUUGUGGAAAGAACCCCAGGGAUGGAUAACAAAUGGGUCGGAGUGACCAUGAUCUUGGGCCCCUAGUUAUAGCGACCAGGGCCUCUUUUAGGGAAUUAUUUAAUAUUGCAUCAAACACUGGAAAUCGAGGGGCUUCUAAUUUUUAUAACCCUAGUAGCUUGUAUUCUAAUGUAGGCAACAGAGCCCCGUCUCCAACAGACCACGUGUACCUGUGAGUUCUCUCUCUGUAAGAGAGGGGCCUUGAUGGGGGUUGUGAGCACCAGACACCGCAUGACCUGCGGCUGGGAAACCGAGGCCCAAUGGGGGCGCCACAUGGGGGCGCGGGAGCCUCUGGGGCACGCUCUUUCCCCCAGGCGGAGGGGCAGGGGGUUCGCCACGGCGCCCGGCCAGCCGGACUCUUUUCUCUCCCGACUCGGCGGAGGUGCACGGCCCGUUCUGGCGGCGCUCGGCGACCAGCGUCUGUUAGAGGAUUGUUUGGAGGCAGCUAGCUGAGGAGCUGCCGGUGCCCUAGCCCGGCCAUGGCCGAGUUCUUGCCGCCGCCCGAGUGCCCCGUGUUCGAGCCCAGCUGGGAGGAGUUCGCCGACCCCUUCGCCUUCAUCCACAAGAUCCGACCCAUCGCCGAGCAAACCGGCAUCUGCAAGGUGCGGCCGCCGCCGGACUGGCAGCCACCAUUUGCAUGUGAUGUCGAUAAACUUCAUUUUACUCCACGGAUCCAGAGGCUUAAUGAGUUGGAGGCUCAGACCCGUGUGAAGCUGAAUUUUCUGGACCAGAUUGCAAAGUUUUGGGAGCUCCAAGGAUGUACACUGAAAAUUCCACAUGUAGAGAGGAAGAUCUUGGAUUUAUUUCAACUUAAUAGGCUAGUUGCAGAGAGGUGAUGACUUAGUCUCUGUAAGGAG